GCGCCGCUUCCAGAGGCGCAUGCAGCAACUGAUAGAGAAGUACAAUCAGGCCUUCGAGGACGCGCCGCUGGUGCAGAUGUCCACGCUGACCUAUGAGACGCCGCAGGGCUUGAGGAUUUGGGGUGGAAGACUAGUGAAGGAAAAAAGCAAAGCACAAGUCCAGCCCGCAGAGCCUCCGCCUCCUUUGGAGGACGAGCUGAGAAGGAAAUACUUGACCCAGGUGGAUGCCCUGCUGCCGGAUGAGGAGCGCCCCGGUGACGGAGAUGACGCCGGCGAGCCCGCGUCCCUGGUCCCCGCCCCGGCCUCCCCGGCUGGGCCACCCCAUGGACGCCGGGAGGGCCCGAUGCAGCGGGCUUCCUCUCCCGGAGCGGGCCAGCCCUCCCGGCCCUGCGCAGCAGGCAUGGCCGUCGCGCCUCGGACUGGCAGUCCCUCCCUGGAAGUGGUUGGCGGCGACGGCUUCGUGAGCGGCCAGGGCUGCGCGGCCGACGUCUGCAACGCCACGCUCAGCGACCUGUACGCGGGCAUGCUGCACUCCAUGAGCCGCCUGCUGGCCGCGCGGCCGUCCUGCGUCAUCUCCACCAAGACGUUCGCCCUGCAGAACUGGGGCUCCAGGAGGAGGUGCAGGUGCCGGCUCAGGCUCAAAAGGACGGUCUGCCGGGGAGGCAGGCAUGCCGGGAAGCGCCCUCGGGAGACACCAUCGCCCCCGUCCGAGCCAGGGGCAGGACGGGGAGCCCUGAGAGACCGCGGGAACCUGCCGGCCCCGCCCGGCCCCCGGAGAGCCCCAAGGCCAGGGAGCGCUGCUCUCCAGGCGUGCCGGCCCAGCCAGCCGGCAGGCGCAGACGGGAGCGCUCCGACCGGGCCGUCCCAGGUGUACUCCUCCUGGACUUUCCUGGAGUUCGGGGACAGGCGGCGUCUGGAUCAGGAGAACAGAUUCAUGACGUUGAAGUGGUUAAUUUCUCCAGUAAAAGUGGUUUCCAGACCAAGAAUCCCGGGUGAGGGAAGAAGUCAUUGCAGGGAGAUCAAGGUCAAAUUCGAGAAGCUUCAUCGGGAAUUUUGCCGGAGUCCUGGGAACCAGCCCGGCCGGGCUCUCCCCCCGGCCUCCCCAGCAGUGGACAUGCCCCGAGGUGGCCCCGAGAGCCCGGUGUCCUCCCGUAGCCUAGGGACCCAGCAGUCCGGCACAGCCCCCGGGAAAACAACAGCAAAGAGGUUAUGUCGGGUUUUCGGGAACCUGGGCGAAGGGCCAGUGGGAGUGGGUGGAGGCCGGCCCAUCAGGGACGCGGCCCCCUCGCCGGCCAGCCCGGGCACCGCGCGGGGCCCCGGCCACUCGAGGCACUCCUCUGACCCUCAAGGCAGCCACCUGUGGCGGUUCAGGAUGUUGGCGUCGCCCAGCAAAGCGCUCUCACUGCCGAGGCCGCAGCCUGGCGACCGGAGGGCUCGUUACAAUGAGAUUAAGGAAAAGUUUGACCAACUUCAUGAGAAGUAUCGAGCAGAAUUGCCAGAGGGCACAGAGGCGCCUCCGAGGCCAGGGAGGUGUGCAGGUGAAGCAAGGAUGCACGUCCAGUACCAGCAGGAAGGCGCCCCUGCGGAGUCAGGCCCUGGCUCUGGCUCCCCGGAGCCCCGAAAGCGGGCCCCCGCCUGGUGGAGCCUGAAGGGCCCGCUGUGCCCGGGCCCCAUCGAGGUGCAGCCCUCCACGUGGUUCGUGACCGAUGCCCAGGGACGCCCUCCGUGCCCUGCGAAACGACGCCGGCUGUCGGACCCCCAGGUGUGUGGCCGCUGGGCGGAGGCCCCGGACUCCUGGCGAGUGGCGAGCGGGGCCGUCCCGCGACCCAGGAAGGCGGGCACCUCCUCAGAGCCCGGCGGCGAGGAAACAAAGGCCCAGCACUUGGGCAACAGAAACCUCUCCGGGUGCCGGAGGCUGCCGGGUGACCCCAGGGAGCUGGGCUCUGUUGAGGGCAUCUCCUGCGCCAUCACAGGCCGGGGCAUGUCCAGCCCAGGCCUGGUGGUUCGGUCCAUAAACCACCUGGAAAUGCUGCGUGUGGCGUCAGGGAACCAGACACCCACCCUUGUCCUUGCACGAGCGGCCCAGGCCUCCCGCGAGCCUGUGGUGGCCAAGCGCGUUCGUUAG